AUGGUCGCUCCGCUGUAUACGACCGCCUCAGGUCUUCUGUUCCAUGCCGGCAAGAUCUUGGUUUGCACCGUCGGUCUCCCUGCCCGAGGCAAGACCCACAUCUCGCGAGCACUGGAACGGUAUCUCCGCUGGACUGGUGUGAAGACGGCCGUCAUCUCGCUAGGCGAUUAUCGUCGCAAGGUCCUUGGAGGUGCACAGAAGCUUCCUCCAGAUUACUUUACUCUUGGAGAAAAGAGCCCAGAGACGAUCGCACUGCGCGAGAAGGUCCUUACGGGAUGUGAACAGCUCAUCUGGGAUUUCUUCAACUCUGGCGGCCAGGUCGUCAUCUACGAUGCCAACAAUGGGACGCGUGAACGUCGUAACGCUGUCGCGGAGAAAUUUGACAAGGCCGGCAUUCACGUCAUCAUGCUCGAGUCGUCUUGUGACAAUGAGGAGCUCAUCCUUUCAAAUAUACGAAGCGUCAAGAUAUCGUCCCCAGACGCAAGUAUACCAGAGUGUGCUCUAGCCUAUCGUGGCUGGGACCCGGAGAAGGCGGUUGCCGAUUAUUAUAAUCGAAUCAAGGAUCACGAACGACACUACGAACCCGUGGAGGAGACGACAUGGCCGUUCAUCCGGAUCAUCAACGUCGGCGAGAAGAUCAUGGUUAACAGCAUCCAUGGUUAUCUCCAAUCAAGAAUCGUUUUCUUCUUGAUGAAUAUACAUAACAGGUUCCGAACAAUCUACUUCGCACGAUCAGGACAAUCCCUCAUCGAGCAUUCGUACAAGGCGGAUUCCGACCUCUCCCCCGCGGGUUGGGAGUAUGCCGAACGCCUCAAAGAGUUCGUCCUCGAUCGCCGCGCUAAGUCGCUCGAGGCCCGCGGCAUCGAUCCCUCUGAACGCCGUCUCGUCAUCUGGACAUCCGCCCGCCGGCGCUCGCACCACACCGCCUGGCCGUUCCUCACGCACAGCGCGAACGACCAGCACCCGCCCGCGAGAGUCAAGGUCGUCGAGCGGCCUCAGAUGGCCGAGAUCAACCCCGGCGUGUGGGACGGGCUCACGCCCGAGCAGGUGCGCAAAUACUACCCUGACGAAUGGGUCCGCUUCGUGCACGACCCGUACGCGUACCGCGCGCCCCGCGCGGAGAGCUACCACGACCUCUGCGUGCGGCUGGAGCCCACCCUGAUCGAGCUCGAGCGCGAAAAAGAAGAUCUGCUCAUCGUCGGCCAUGCCUCCGUCAUCCGCUGCAUCCUCGCGUACCUCAUCGGGCUCCCCGCGUCCGAAAUCCCCGCGAUAGAGGUCGCGCGCGGGGACCUCAUCGAGGUCGUCCCCACGUCGUACGGCGUGUACUCGCAGGCGCACCACUUCUGGGACGGGCCCGGGCGCAGCAGCGAGAACGGUGGAGCGCAUGGCAAGGACGAGCACAAUUUCUACGAGAACUACGCGGAGGACACGAGGGGGAAGAGGAGGCCGGACGGGAGCAGCGUGGAGCUACAGGCUGAUGUGGCUGCGGGCCCGGUGCCUUCCGCGGCUUGA